AAAAUUACUUAUAAUUACAAAUUUUUUUUCCUAUGUGCAAAAAAAAAGUUAAAAUACUAAAUCAAUGGAGAUGGAGUUUUUUAGCUUAUUAUUCUUUAAAAUCUUUGCCAUGCUUUUAUUUGCAAAGUGUGGUUGUCACAAGUUGAUAGAAGGUAGAGUAGUACAUGCUUAUGUUACUGAUCAUCCAUUAAAGAGAACGCCAGAAAACUUGAAUAAAUAUAAAGAAAACAUAAUUUUACAACAUGCUCUAAACACGGAAAAUGAUUAUAUAAAACAUAUUUUUGAAAGUGAUUUUUCUGAAAGUCCAUUUAAUGAAGUUUCGAUUAUGUCUCCAAGCGGGAAGGCAUUUGAAAGCACAGAUAUUAUUAACCCAUUGCCAAAAGAACUAAUAAAACAAAUAUCUGCAGAGGAAUACUCAGUUCUUAAAAAACCGAAAAAAAAAAAAAAAAAGGUUAACCUACAUCUUCCACAAGAGACAAAUCAUCAUUCUGUAAACGCAGAAAAAAAAAUAAAGAUAAGCAAACUGCAGUCUAUUGGAUUCGAAAAUGAAAACGACGUUGAAAAUACAUUUAGUAACAUUUCAAGCCCGUUAUCUUUAAAAGAAAAAAUUUCUCCUCAAUUCUUCUCAAAUUUAAAUUCUAAAAAUACGAUUGGUUAUAAAAUAAACAAAGAACAAAAACAAAGAAAAAUGAAUAAAGCCAUUAAAAGAUCUUACUCAAAUGGUUACAACUAUUUUAAGCAUGUCAAUCUUCAUCCUUUGAUCACAAAAGAUGACCAAGAUGAAAAAGAAGUUUAUUUUAAUAUUCCUUUUGGUGUUAUUGAAAAUAAAGAUAUAGAGAAUAGUAAAGAGUACCUACCUAGUUUUCCUGAAACUGUAGUAAAUAGAGAUGAUGAUUCAUUUUUAAAUGAUUAUGAAAGUCAAGAUGACAUUGAUUAUCCCAAUUAUCAAAUUUCUUCGAAUGAGAAUAUCUUCCAUCAUUAUACACUUCCUGAUGUAAGCAGCAUACAUUGGAACAAACGAGUUAACUAUAGAAAACAUAAAAAGAUCCAUAGUUAUCAAAGAAAUGGUCAUAAAAAGUUUACAAAAAAAAUUAACAAAACAAAUAUAACAAUCAAUUUUUUAAAUGAAACCAACAAAAACUCAACCAAAAUGGUUAAACACAUCAAUCAUAGUUCUAAACAUAUCAAAGGUCGAUAUUAUAAUCCUAAGUCAAAUUUUGGACCCCCUCGUGUUUUAUCACUUGUUCCACACAAGUAUUACAUAAAGAAAUAUAAAACAAGUGGUGAUAUGGGAUAUAACAACAUUCAUAGUUACUAUGUACCACAUAAUCAUAAUAUUGAACACAGAAAUCAUAUACAUAGAUGGAUGAUACCCAUAACUACACACAAUUAUGGAGGAACUUUUAUUAAUCCAUGUGAAAAUGGAGGAUUACUUGUAGCCUCAGAUCAUGGGAGAAAUAUAUGCAUUUGUCCUUAUAAGUAUAUGGGAACUAAUUGUCAAGAUAUUAACUACUGCCAUCCUGAUCCAUGCAUGAAUGGAGGCAAAUGUCAAGUGACACGGUUUGGAACUCAUUUCCAAUGUGAUUGCUAUAAAGAGCAUUUAGGAGCACGCUGUGAAAGGACUAAUCCUUGUUUUCCAAAUCCUUGCCGGAACAAUGGAGAGUGCACACAUAAUGGUGUCAAUGCAACUUGUAUUUGUACAAAUGGAUUCAAAGGUUCCAGAUGUGAAGAAGUUAAUAGUUGCAUUCCAAAUCCAUGUUUGAAUGGAGCCAUUUGCUAUGAAAAACCUGGUUUAGGAAAAUUUGAAUGUAUAUGUGAAGCUGAUUGGAGGGGAACUAUUUGCAAUCAACCAACACCUUGUUCAACUUUUCCUUGUCUUAAUGGAGGAAAAUGUGUUGAUAGUGCCGAUAAUUAUAAAUGUUUAUGUAAUGAUGGUUUCAUUGGCAGACAUUGUGAAAUUGAGCUUUGUUCGCCAAACCCUUGUAAAAAUUACGGAAAAUGCUUUCAAGAUGGCAAAACAUUCAAAUGUCUUUGUCCAGAAUGGACUAAAGGAGAGUUAUGUGAAGUACUCAGUCCAUGUAAGCUUCAUCCUUGUCAAAAUCAUGCAGUCUGUAUCGAUUCCACAAGCAUUUAUCAAUGGAACUUUACCCCAGCACAUUAUUAUUGUAAAUGCCAAUCUUCAUGGACUGGUGAGCAUUGCCAAGUUAGCAAAUGUAAAGCUUGCCAUAUUCAUGCCAUUUGUGAUGGAGAAAAGUGUGUUUGUGAGCAAGGAUAUUCAGGGAAUGGACUGGUUUGCACAAAGUUAGAAACACCCUGCGCUCCUAAUCCCUGUGAAAACUCUGGCAUUUGUCAUGAUGAAGGAAAUGGUAACUUCCACUGUGUUUGUAAACUUGGAUUUAAACCACCUUUAUGUAAAGACACAGAUUUGUGUAACCCAAAUACGUGCAAUGGAGGUGUAUGCACUCUUACUUUAGAUGGUGGCUUUAAAUGCACUUCUUGUCCACCUGGUUUUUAUGGUGUUACAUGCAGGCAAAAUGACUCAUGUUUGUCAAAUCCUUGUCAACAUGGUGGACACUGUAGGUUGUCAUCAUUGGGCAAUCAUGUAUGUGAUUGUGUUGGAUUUUGGUCGGGGGAAGUGUGUGAAAAAUGUUCAUGCCCAUCUUCCAUGAACCCUCUAGUUCCAUCACCAUACUGUUUGCUCACUACAGGACAAUGUGUAUGCCCUGGUCACCAUGUCUGGGAAUCAAAACAAAACAAGUGUAUCUUGCCUAAAGCAGAAAUAAUUGAUCCAUGUUUCUCAUCUCCCUGUUUAUGUGGUGGAACUUGUAUUUGGGAUAAUCGUGUUUCAAGUGAAUAUACAUGUUUAUGUAAUGAAAGAUGUUCUGGUCCUAGAUGUGAAUUUGAAAAUGCAUGUCAAAGAGAUCGUCCCUGUUAUAAUGGAGGUAAUUGCACAAACUUGUUUGGUGGGAAGUAUAAAUGCCAUUGUUAUUUUGGUUACUCAGGUGUAAAUUGUGAAAUUGCUCCUAUCAAACGUGUGAAUCGAUGUGAUAUCAAUGUUUGUUUAAAUGGGGGCAUUUGUAAGCCCUUGAACUACGGAUAUGAUUGUAUAUGUCUCCCAAGAUAUACUGGUAUUCAUUGUCAAGUUGAUCGUUGUCGUGAUUGUGAUAUUCAUGCUAAAUGUGUUCAUGGUGUAUGCAAAUGCUUGCCAGGUUGGGUAGGCAAUGGAUAUGAAUGCGUUAAAGAAGAAUGUGAUAGCAAGUGUGUUGGGUUUCAAACGUGCAUUUCAGGAGUUUGUGGUUGUUUACCUGGAUACAUUAUUGUACAAAAUAUUUGCAUGCGUGAAAGGAAAAGCACAAUAAAAGCACUUCCAGUAUCAAUUACUCCACGAACUAUGUCAACUUUUGACCACAUGCUUGGUACGACGCGUAAACCCCUAACGACACUCUAUGAGGCAUCAGUUGCAACAACUGUCACUCACCAACCAACUAUUGGUUUACCUAUGACUUAUUACUUGAGUACAGUUUCUACAAACUUACCUGCAACAACAAGAUUACCUUCCAUUGAAUAUUAUGAUAAUAAUACUCCUUCAGGUUUAAAACAUAGUUUAAACAUUGAUGUAGAAAAUGGUCUAUCUAAGACUCAUGUCUUCAUGAAACAAAAUAUUUCAGAAGUUACAUUAAAAAAUAAAAAUAACUCUUUGAAAGGCGUUUCAAAUUUUACAAAAACAAGCUUUUUUAAAAAAAGCAAAAAAAAUAUUUAUCCAGAUCAAAGUAAGAAGGAUAUAAAAGAGAGGGUAUAUAAAUCAGGCAAUGUAAAACGAAAUUUUCUCCAAAACGUUGAUAAGAAUGAGAUGAAAUAUUUACAUGAAGGUAUAACUCACAAUUUUAAUGAGAAAUUAAAAUAUGCUAACAAAAUUAGUUCUGGUAAUUCUGAUUUGUUAAGAAAAGUUAAGGAUUCUAAUAUAUUAAAACAUCUUGCUUUAAUUUUUACUAAAAGUAAAAAUGUUAAUAUGAACAGUACAAAUAUUGUACUUAAAAAAAAGAAACCAUUUUCAAAAAACUUUAAUGAAACUAAUAUAGCAUCGAAGCAGUCAAUAAAAUCUGGAAAUCACUUUUCAAAAAGUAUUAAUGCCUCAAAACAUUCUGAAAUUACUUAUUAUUAUUAUCCUAUAAAUUCAUUUGAUGAUUUACGUGCAAAUAUGAAAGACGCUGGCCAGUAUGGAGAAGAUUUACGUACAAACAUGAUAGAAGCUGGCCAGUAUGGAGAAGAUUCUGAAUCUUUUAAUGGGCAAAUAAAUAAUCCACUAGGAAGCGAAGUUACUCAGGAUAGAAAGUUUAUUUUGGAUAGUUUACAUUAUCCCAAUAGUUUUCUCGAUUAUCCAACUGAACAGAAAUCAACAGAUAUGAGUAAUGAAAGCUUAUCCUCUUUUAUAAAACAGGAGAACAUGGAUAUUGCCAAAAUACGCGCUGAUCAUCUAAAAUAUGUAGAUAAUGAUAUAGAGUCAGAACUACCUCAAGGUGACAAUAUGCAAUACUUUAAUUCAAAUAGUGAGGGUGUUUAUAUACCUAUUUACAGUCAUGAUUUACCAGUGCUACAUAAUACAAAAAAACUAAAUGGGUCAGUUUCUGAUAAUAUAACUACAAAUGUUUUUCCUUUUAAACAAGAUAAGGGAGAUAAGGGAGGGCUGGAACAGGAAACUUCAAACAUUAAAAAUGAAAAUCUAAAUGUAAGCAAAGGAUUCGACAAGCAACAUACAGCAAUAAACAACGACAAAGAUUUUCCAGAUGAUGAUUUACAGAAAUGGUUAAAAGAAGCGAAAGUUUUGUAUGCAAAAGGAAUUAAAAUUCUACGCAAAAAAGGUUUAUUAGAUGAAAAACAAAGUUAUUUUUCAAGAGCUCAAAAACGAAAACUUAAUUCUUUAUCGAAUUAUAAAAAUAACAUUAGUAAUUUUAGUGUUGAAGAUAUUUAUCCUGAUUCAUUGUAUCCUGAUUCAUUAGAUGAUUUUACUGAUAAUCAAUCUUAUCCAGACGAAAAUUUAUUUUAUGAUUUUAGUGAUCAGUUCUAUCCAGAGGUAAAUUUGUCAAGUAAGCACAGUUCUUUUUUAGCUCGUUUACCCAGUAAUGACAAUUCUACUUUAUUAAGUUCAUCAAGUAAAGACGAUUCUUUACGUAAAACCAAAAUUAGCGAAAGUUUUCAAAGAAAACCUCAUGCUGUUAGAAAACCUGAGGAGAAAUUUGAAAGUGAUAACAAAACGUCAUAUAACAAAGAAAGUUUCUUUGCAAAAUUAAUUACAUUAGAUAAAGCAAAUAAACAAAUUAACUUAUCAGGGCAGAACGAAGAGAUUAUCCCGAUUAAAAUAUUUUCCAAUCGUUUUCAAAUCAUAAAAUAUUUUGACAAAAUAUUCGGCUACGUUAAUGAAACACAAAACGACACAAAAAAUAAUGAAUCAAGGUUGUUGCAAAAUGAUUUAAAAAACAAUACUGAUGAAGUUAGGAACGAAAAGAAUGACACAAAAAGUGACCCUGGUCAAAUGCCAAACUUACAGAAGGACAUUAAAAAUAACACUGAUGAAAAAUGGAACUCGCAUAAUAACACAAAAACUAAUGUUGAUGAAGAUAAGAACACACAAUUGCAGAACGACACAAGUGUUGAUAAAACAAGAAACUCUCAUAAUGAUUCAGAAAAUGAAAGAAAAUCACAGAAUAAUGUAAAAAAUAAUGAUACAGGAAUCUCACAAAUUGUCACAAAAAAUAACUCUGAUGAAGCAAGAAACUUGCAAAAUAACAUUAAAAAUAAUGUUGGUAAAGUUGGAAACGCACAAAAUGAUACAAAAAAUAUUACGCGUGACCAACCGGAUCACAUUGAUCAUAGUUUUGAAGCCAACUGGGAUAUGUUUGAAAAUCAGAAAACAGAAAAAAACAUUUUAAAUAUUUCUGAAAAUCAGAAAGCAAAAGAACCCAUUUUUAAUAUGUCUAAAAAUCAAGUAACAAAUGGUUUAAUCGAGAAUUUUUUUGAUAAUGACGACAGGCACGUUAUUUCUCUUCGCGGCAUAGCAAAAAGCAACAUACCAAACAACCUUAUUGUGCUAAAAUCUCCAAUUUAUUUAAAGAAAACGAAACUAAAGCCAUUGAUAAAAGUGCAACCGAUUGAUAACAAAAAGAAAAUCUCAAGUUUUUUAAAACAGAGUUUAGUAAAAAAUGAGUCAAAAAUGAACAUAAAAAAUUCAUUUAGAGGAAAUAAAACAAAUCAAAAUUUAUCUUUGUAUACAGAACAACACAAUUCAUCGAAUAAAUUCACUGCCGUGUCAGUUCCUUCUAAAGUUAAAAAAAUUAUUUCAAAUGCAAACAAAAACUUUAAUCGAGAAUUCAUGAACAAAACAGUUGAAGUAUCAGACGUGUUAAAAGAGUACGGAAUAACUAAAAAUGAUUUAAUUGUAGAAACGAACAAAUAAGAAUGUCAAAAAAAUUGAUGAUUAAA